AAGAAAUUAUUCCAACAAAACAUUAUAAGAAAAUUGAAGAAAAUUCAUCAAGAUUGAAAGUUCUAACUAAUUAUCUUAUAAUUAUUGAGAAAUUUAAUAAUGAAAUUUUAAUUAAUCACAAGCAAAGAAGAAAAUUAGACAAAGAAAAUCCAGAACGUUUAAGGAUAGAAAAGAAAAACCGUGCCUUCUUGAAAAAGUAUUAUGAAGUAUAUGAA